AUGGGCAAGCAUAUCUCAAGAUCCUCAGAUCAGCGAGACAUUCAUUGGAACCGGAAUUACUCGAAAUCAGUACCGUGCUACAAAGUCUACUACGAACUCAUCGAAGAAGGUUUGAUUCGUCUUGGUCCGGAUCUACCAGUACUGCAGAAAACAGUUCUCGGAUGGGUUGUUUCCGGCAAGGUCGGCGCAUCGUCUUCACCCACAAUAAGUUUCGUCCACGUCUGUAGUAUUGGUUCACUUGAAGAGCCGUUGUUACGCUUUUGGGAAAUAGAGUCGUGUCAAUCUCGUAGCACCUUAUCGGUAGAAGAAACGCUUUGCGAAGCGCAUUUUGCAGCGACAACUACUCGGAAUGAUUCGGGACGUUUCAUAACUCAUCUCCCGAAAAGGUCGACCGUUCUCUCGAAACUCGGAAAUUCUAAGGAAAUUGCCACACGACGAUUUCUCGCUUUGGAGCGACGCCUUAACGCUAACCCACAAUUGAAGAAAGCCUAUUCGGACUUCAUCGAGGAGUAUUAUCAGCAAGGACAUAUGGAGGAGAUAACUGAAUCCGAAGGCCUGGAGCCGGAAGCCCCAUCGUAUUAUCUGCCGCAUCACUGCGUCGUAAGACCUGACAGCUUGACUACCAAACUACGCGUAGUAUUCGACGCUUCAUGUGCUACAGAUAGCGGAGUAUCCCUCAACGACGGAUUGAUGAUUGGCCCCGUCGUUCAAGACGAUCUGGUAUCUAUUACUCUACGUUUUCGGAUUCCCCGAUACGCGAUUGUGUCGGACAUUGAGAAGAUGUACCGGCAAAUCCUACUUGCUUCGCUAGACCGUCAGCUUCUCAAGAUCCUCUGGCGAGAUUCCCCGUCAGAACCUCUGCGAACCUUCCAACUGACGACCGUUACUUACGGUACUUCCUGCGCACCCUAUCAGGCAACCAGGUGCUUGCAAGAAAUCGCCAAAAUUGGAGAAGCCACACACCCAGAAGCAUCCAAGGUCGUAUCCAGAGAUUUUUAUAUGGACGAUUUGCUAACCGGCGUUGAUGACAUCCUGGAAGGCCAGCAGCUGUGCCAGCAGUUGUUGGUUUUGCUUCAGUCUGCUGGAUUUUGUCUCCGGAAAUGGUCUUCGAAUCGUUCGCAGGUUCUCGAACACUUCCCAGCUGAAUUGCGUGACGAACGAACCGUUUUCGAUCUGAAUUCCUCCUCCGCUCCUAUAAAAACACUAGGAUUGAAAUGGCAGACUACAACUGAUGAAUUCCUAUUCGACGUACCCAAAUGGAACGAUACCGCUCUAAUCACAAAACGGAUCGCGCUGUCGGAUGCUGCCAAAUUAUUCGAUCCCCUUGGCCUUGUCGGCCCGGUAAUCGUACAGGCCAAAAUCUACCUCCAGGACUUGUGGCGAAGCCAGAAGGAAUGGGACGAACCUCUCGACAAUGACCUCCAACAGCGAUGGCUCGAAUUCCGGAAAAAUCUCGACGCUCUCCGGAAUCUUUCUGUUCCUCGAUGGGUUGUAUCAGUCGUCAAACCGGUGUCGAUCGAAAUGCGUGGAUUUUGCGAUGCAUCGGAAAAGACGUACGGUGCGUGCAUCUACCUUCGUGCCCUAGCUGAAGAUGGAUCAGUCUACAUCAACCUACUUACCGCAAAAUUGAAAAUAGCUCCUCUGGGAGACUCUCGGAAGCAGAAACGAAUCUGCUUACCUCGGCUGGAACUUUCGGCAGCACUUCUCCUCGCACACUUGUUCCAGAAGGUGCAGAAUACAAUCUCUCUCGUAACGAAAGCAUUCUUUUGGUCGGACUCUACAAUUGUCCUUCAUUGGUUGUCCGCUACUCCGUCCCGCUGGAAAACCUUCAUCGCAAACCGGGUCUCGGAGAUACAACAUGCAACGGCAGGUGGCUUAUGGGCUCAUGUUUCAGGCUCUGAGAAUCCAGCAGAUAUUAUUUCUCGAGGAAUGGAUCCCGAACAACUCAUAUCAACACAGAAUUGGUGGCACGGACCCGACUGGCUAACCAAUCCCUCUCGCUUUUGGCCUGCUUUCGUACGUACAUCGGAUGAAGACUUCGUUUCAGAAGAACUCGAAGAAAGACCUGUUACUCUGGCCGUCCAGCCAAUUCCAGCAAAUCCCAUAUUUGCUCUACGUUCAUCGUACACAGCCCUCCUACGUUUAAUUGCGUGGGUUCGAAGAUUUACCUUCAAUACGAGACCUGCUAACCGUACACAUCGUCGACUAGGUCUUCUUAAUGCAGCAGAGCUUGAGGAAGCGUGCAAAUGUCUUGUUCGUAUCGCACAACAAGAAGCCUUUCGAGAAGAGUUCACUUCGUUCGCAAACACUGGUGAGGUCAAAACGACGUCCAAAUUGAAAGCGUUAACACCGUUUAUCGAAGAAGGCAUCCUGCGAGUUGGUGGCCGGCUGCGGCACGCAAUAAUUUCUCCAGAUCGCAAACAUCCGAUGAUUCUACCAUCAAAACAUCCGUUCUCAGAACUAGUUGCUCGAUACUACCACCUGAAAAUGCUGCAUGCAGGACCGCAAUUGCUAAUCGCAUCUCUAAGGGAGAAAUUCUGGCCUUUGCGCACUCGGAAUCUUGCGCGCAAGAUCGUACAUUCCUGUAUCAACUGCUUUCGCUGUCGUCCAAGGCUCCAACAGCAAAUCAUGGGCGAUCUUCCGACUGAACGCGUUUCUCCUACGUUGCCGUUCCUGCGCACAGGCGUCGAUCUGUGUGGGCCUAUAUAUUUUCGCUAUCCUCAUCGGAAAUCGCAGCCCAUCAAGGGUUAUGUGGCAGUUUUUGUCUACCUUUCGAUCAAGGCAGCUCAUAUUGAGCUCGUUGGAGAUCUUUCAACGGCAUCGUUCCUUGCUGCUCUCAGACGGUUCAUCGCACGUCGAGGUAAACCAAUACUCAUCGAGUGCGAUAACGCACGAAAUUUUCGAGGUGCUUCUCGAGAAGUGGCAGACUUGGCCAAACAACUCAGGGAUCAACAACUGCAAAAUGACGUCAUUCGCUCGUGUGCCGAUGACGGCAUAGAUUUUAAGUUUAUCCCUCCUCGUUCCCCGAACUUCGGUGGGCUGUGGGAAGCAGCCAUCAAGUCUUUCAAGACUCAUCUCAAAGCCACUCUCGGAAACUCUAUCCUGACAGUCGAACAGCUUACGACACUCUUAGCUCAAAUCGAGAGCUGCAUGAACUCUCGACCUCUUACUCAGAUUUCGCCUGACCCUGAGGACCUCGACGUUCUGACCCCAGGGCACUUCUUAAUCCAUCGUCCACUCGCAACGCUGGCAGAACCAUCAUAUGAACAGCUACCAUUCAACAGAUUAGACCACUGGCAGCAGGUCCAAGAGUUCCUUCGUCGACUUUGGAAACGCUGGGCGACGGAAUAUCUUUCCGGACUCCAGCCAAAAACUAAAUGGACCCGCAAGAAGGACAACAUUAGCAUCGGUACUCUAGUGCUGGUGAAAGAUGACGGAUUACCACCACUCAAAUGGCGCUACGGUAGAGUAACCCACAUCUUUCGGGGUGACGACGGCAACAUUCGUGUCGUCGUAGUCAAGACCAAGGACGGAGAGUACAGGCGCGCAAUCUCCAAAAUUUGUGUGCUGCCCAUCGACCAAUCAAUGCCACCUGCAGCAAGUGAAGCUGCCGAUGACUUCUGA